UGUCAGGCGCGUUUCUCCAGUGCUCGAGCGAGGGCACACCACAGCCGCUGACUGCGAGCUGCUCCUGGCGAACUACAUCCCAUCCGAGUUCACACAUGCCUACCAGGACCGCCUCGAGAUGUUCAUCACCACAGCAACGGUGUGGCUCUUUCACUGUGACAUGCAAGUGGCGUCUCGAGAGGUUGUGUUCGACAUACUGGGGAGGAUGAUCAGGGCGGCGGACGUCUUGUCUGUUGAGUCCGCCGCACCGGCUGAUACCGCGGCAGGCAUCUCGCAGGAUGGCAACGCCGUUGACGUCCGAGCUAACCAUCGGGAGUGGAUCCGGGAACUGUAUUGGACGAGAGCGACGCUGACGGAGCGAUAUGGCGCACUGUUCAGGCGACUCCUGCAUGCACUUGAGAAGGCGUACAAGCUGGACAAGCUCCGCGGCGACGAGGAUCCGAUCCGGGAUGAUCUACACGACGCGCUCGAGACGUCACACAACACGUACGGGUCCACAUGUGAGGUCGACGGCUGCCCCUGGAUCGGGCACGCCAAGAGCCAGCAGGACGAAGGCCGCAAUUAUGUCGAGUGCGAUCUGCUCUCGAAGAGCGUCAGACCCGCCUCCGCCGCAGAUGCGCACAGCGAGGAACGGCCGUCCGAACUGCGGCCGCCGCCAUCGUCUGGACCACAGCCAUCACCGUCGUCCGAACCGGUCAUUUCAUCUGACCCGCCCCAAGGACUCGCCCACGCCGAACCACAUUGCACGACGUCGCACGACGCCCCUCCAGCGCCAGCAAUCCGAAGCGCGCCCAAUUGUCUGAGCUCGCGGUCUUCGUUGUCGGCCACUAAGCACAAGCCGCGACGUCAUGCGAUGGGAAGGGUAAGGGAAGCAAGGUCGAUGGAUGAGCUGACGAGACCAGAGGCAGCACGGGUAGAAGCGGGACGGCGGAGGUCCUGGGGGUGACGGUCCAGACUCAGGUUGUAUAUGUAUAUUUCACCGGCGCAUAUAGUAGUAAAUUGUAUUGGUAGAGCGGUCGUUCAUACGUGCAACAAUGAGUGCGUGAACACGGAGCUCGGGGGAUGUAUGCCCAAGACUCUUAAUUAUGAUAGUAAAUUGUUCAGCUGGUGGAUAUAGUGAUAUUCAAAGACAAUACACGUGAAUGAAGACCGUCCACCGCCAGUCGACUGAAAGGCUGCUUGCCGCCACCUCAACACUUGCAGGAUUAUCGAUAGGAUGCUAUAUCAUUCGGGCAGGGCAUGCACUUGGCGCAGACUAAAGCACGG